UCCGAUCGGCUAUUCCCCCGGAUCACCGUGGGAUCAUCUCGCGUCGCCACAGACGGAGUUACAAUAUAUUGACACAGCUAUCUACCUACUCCGUACUCCUUUGACAAUGCACAAACAUGUCACCUCGUAUCCUGAUAUUUGGUACGGGAAGCAUCGGCGCCGUGUAUUCAUACAUCUUCUCCCGCGCCAUCACCCCCGACAACAUCUUCGCCGUCUGUCGUUCCAAUUACGACGCCGCCUCCUCGGAAGGAUUCACCAUCAACUCGACCUUGUUCGGUCAGAACCUCAAGGUUCGUCCACAGGUGGUACGGACCGUGGACGAGGCCGUGGCCAAAUCCCAGGGCAAACCGUUCGACUACAUCAUCGUCACGGCAAAGGCCAUCCCGAGCACGCCCUCGCUUCCCGAACAGAUCUCCCCGGCGGUGUCGUCGGAGGCUAGUACCACCAUCGUCCUCGUCCAGAACGGCAUCGCGAUCGAAGACAUUUACUCGUCCAGGUUCCCCGACAACCCUCUGCUCAGUUGCGUCGUCUACUUGCCCGCCACGCAGACCUCGCCGGGCACCAUCGCCCACGGUGAGGUCGAGCGGCUGCACAUCGGCACCUACCCUGCCCGAGGAGUUCCACCGUCACACAAGGCCGCCGCGGAAUCGUUUGCGAGUCUGCUCCGGUCCGCGGGAGGCACGGCCUUCGUCCACGACGACGUCCAGUCCGAGCGGUGGAACAAGCUGCUGGUCAACGCGUCGUGGAACCCCAUCUGCGCGCUCUCGCGGAGCCGGGACGUGCAGUUCAUGCGCUCGUCGCCGUCCGGGGAAGCCACCGCCCUCGUCCGGCGGGUCAUGCUCGAGAUCGCCGCGGUGGCCCACGCCGCGGGCUACCCGGAGCUCGACGAAUCCAAGGUCGACCACCAGCUGGGCCGCGCCCAGGCCCGGUCACCGCCGGGCGUCCAGCCGAGCAUGAUGGCCGACGCGCUGGCGUCCCGGAACAUGGAGGUCGACGCCAUCGUGGGCAACGCCCUCCGCGUCGCGGGCCAGAGGGGAGUCCAGACACCCCUCCUCGGCGGCAUCUACGCCCUGAUCAAAGCCCUCGAUCAAAGAUUCACCGAAAGCGCAACCUCGCCAGAUGCAACCGCUGCUACAAAGGGAGACCUUCUACGAUGA